CCCUACCGAAACUGCACUCAUUACCUGGAAAUUGGACCAUCCGCAUGCUUAGAAGCUACUUCGUCGUAUCCAGAUUCUCUCGUACAACUUCUGCAGUUCAAACAUCCCCACGCUCUUUCUUCGCCUUGAACUUUCGCUUUCUUUCCACCUCGGCUACCAUGUCUUCGUCCUCUUCCGCUCUGCCCAUUUCCUCGCCCGAGCUCACCGUAGCUCUCUCUGCAGUGCUCAGGGCUUCGCUGGCAACGACACAGAUCUUCAAGACGAUUCCCUCUUCUUUGACGAAGUCGGACAAGUCGCCCGUCACUCUGGGAGACUUCGCAGCUCAGGCCAUUGUUAAUACCCUCAUUGCAAAGUACUUUCCCGAUGACGGCAUCGUCGCAGAGGAGGAGGCAAGUGCCCUGCGUGAGGACGAGCAGCUGCGCGGAAAGGUUGGCGAGCUGGUCAAGAUGGCUCUCGAGAAGGACGAGCAGUCUCUGACAGGUACAAAGGAGUCUGAACUGCCUUCUGGCAGCAAGAAAUGGUCUGCCGAAGACUGGGAGCAGUCCGACCGCUUCCUCUCUGCUCUGGAUCGUGGAAACUUCAACGGAGGACCCUCGGGCAGGUUCUGGGCCCUGGACCCCAUCGAUGGUACAAAAGGCUUCCUCAGAGGUGGUCAGUACGCCAUCUGUCUGGCUCUGGUGGAGAACGGAGAGCCGAUCCUGGCAUGCAUGGCCUGCCCUAACCUCCCCUACGCUGUGAGCGACGAGAAGCCCAAGGAGGGUGAUCGCUCCGGUGUACGUGGAGACGGAAGUGUCUUCAUCGCUGUCAAGGGCAAGGGAGCUUUCCACCGCUCGAUUGCUCCGCCAUCGGCUGCGUUCGAGCCCAUCAAGAUGAACUCGCUCUCUGGUGGUCUCUCAUCGGCUUCCUUCUGCGAAUCAGUAGAGGCCGGACACUCCUCCCAGGGAACCAAUGCCCGCAUCGCCGAGCUCCUCGGCAUCUCUUCCCCGCCCGUCCGUAUGGAUUCGCAGGCAAAGUACGCCUCUGUGGCACGGGGAGACGGAGACAUCUACCUGCGUUUGCCAGUAGGAGACGGGAGCUACGUGGAGAAGAUCUGGGACCAUGCGGCAGGUGCGCUCCUCUGUGAAGAAGCUGGAGGCAGCGUCAGCGACUGCUCCGGCAAGCGACUGGACUUUGGCAAGGGCAGGACACUCAGCGCCAACAAGGGUGUGGUGGUCGCUCUCAAGGGCAGGCAUACUGAGGUCGUUGAGGCUGUCAAGAAGGCUUUGAUCGAGGAAGGAAGGGGAAACCUCUUGGGUGAGCAGAAGUAAAUCAUGGGCGAUAAUGGCAGAGUUGGGGUGGUAUAGUGGGCACGACGCCAUUGCAGGAUUCACAAUGCAAGCAAGAUAGAAGGCAUGAGAAGCUCGCAACAUGGAUGUGGUGACAUAAGCUUGUUAGCAAAGAUGGGGUAUAAUGGAUACUGUUACAAUGGCACGCCUGAUCUGCUUGCCGGUUCAUGCGAUCUCCCCCU